UUGCGAUCAAACCCUACCGGGGACGAGUAGAGAGGGAGGGCGGUCGUUGCAGAUAGAGAGAGAUUGCAGAGAGGGAGAGAGAGAUCGGAGAGAGGGAGAGUGCGUUUCUCCAUCUUCCUCACUUUUUUAAAAUCUGACCGUUGAGCUUGUAAGUGGCUUACAGGGAAGUGACUUCUCACCCCCAUCCCCCUGCAGUUUUUUGGUAGAUUUGCCUGUAAGUCACUUCCCACUUACCCAACUUACAGGCAUCCAAACAGGCCCGAAAACCCCAUUUCGAUUCUUGAAGUCCAGGAAGCUGUUGAAGAAGUGAUUUUGAUCUAUCAAUCGGCACUACAAGAAGGUCCAUUUACUGUAUUUUCAAGAGCAUUGGAGCGGAAAAAAAUAAUUCUAAUUCUCCCUUUUUACGUCCGUACGUCUCUGAAGCUCAAAAAUUCAGUUUUUCGAUUGAUCGAAUAUUUUCUCGAGCUUGAUAGAGGUGAUGGGCUUGACUCUUCAAAAUCCCACCAUUAUCUUUCAGCAAGGAAAUGCAAAACAGAGGCAGUUAUUUUCUCGAAGUUGUGGGGAGAAUGCUAUUAUCAGAAAGCAGAAACUGUCAACUCCAAAAAUCUCGUGCCACAUAAUGACUGCAAAUCUUGAGAAAUCAUCAAUCACACCUCAAAGUCACACAUUUCCUCUCAUGAUCAAUGGAUGUACUGGCAAAAUGGGGAGGGCGGUUGCUGAAGCAGCAGUUUCUGCAGGGCUCCAGUUAGUCCCUGUAUCAUUCAGCAGUUCAGAAGAAUCUGGUCAAAUUGUACAAGUAGGUGGCACAGAGAUCCAGAUACAUGGCCCAAUUGAAAGGGAGGGCAUUCUCGCUUCUGUCUUUGAUGAAUAUCCAAAUGUUAUUGUGGUGGACUAUACUGUGCCCGGCACAGUGAAUGCGAAUGCAGAGCUGUAUUGCAAAAUUGGUGUGCCCUUUGUCAUGGGCACUACUGGUGGGGAUAGGCAGAAGUUGUAUAAGACGGUCGAAGAUGCAAAAGUUUAUGCAGUUAUUUCUCCACAGAUGGGAAAGCAGGUUGUCGCAUUUCUUGCAGCCAUGGAAUUUAUGGCUGAGCAGUUUCCUGGAGCCUUUUCAGGCUAUUCUCUUCAGGUGAUGGAGUCACAUCAAGCAAGCAAAUUGGACACAUCCGGGACAGCCAAAGCUGUUAUCUCGUGCUUUCAGAAACUAGGUGUCUCAUUUGAGUUGGAUGAGAUACAACAGGUGAGGGAUCCUAAAAAACAAAUUGAGAUGGUGGGUGUCCCUGAAGAAUAUCUGUCCGGCCAUGCAUUUCAUAUGUAUCAUCUCACAUCACCUGAUCAAACAGUUUCGUUCGAGUUUCAGCAUAAUGUCUGUGGCCGGUCAAUAUAUGCAGAGGGAACUGUCGAUGCUGCCAUUUUCCUUUCUACAAAGGUUCAAUCCAAGGCGGAGAAACGAAUAUAUAAUAUGAUUGAUGUUCUGCGUGAGGGUAACAUGCGGUGAUUUUCAUUUUUUUUCCCUCUUUAACUUAUAAAAAUAUUUCCCAAUUGUUGGAAAUUGUUGUAUUCCUUUUGUUAUGCGGGAUGUUUGAAGCUUAGUUUUUGGAGAAGUAGAAUGAGAUCAUCCAAUUUUAGACAGUGGAAAGAGGUCUGUUUUGGUACUUUAUGGGAGUGUGGAAUUAGUUUCUUCCAUGUGUGGCGGCUGCCAUUGGUGGAAGCAAGUUACAUGGAUGGCUGGAAUCGGCGGAAACGAUAUGAUUGAUUUCCGUUUUGUCGGAGAUUGCAAGUGAAUCUGAUUCACCCAUUUUGGGUCCACAA